CAGACCUUUGAGUUCCUUCUGUUUGGUCGUUUUUAAGAAGGUCCGCAUUCUAAGAGAAAUGCUGAAAUACUUGCGAGUGGAGAUCUCAGAACUGCACCGGAGGAGUUUGUGAUUAAAUCUGCUAGCCAUGCUGCUGAAGAUGGAGUUUAUUAAAGAAGAGUUUUUGAAAGAAGAGUGUGAAGAUGUCUGUAUUUCAGAACCAUUCAGUCUGAAGAAUGAAGACACGGAGGAACAAAAAGACUUGAUGAAGCUGAAAGAGGAAAGUGAAGAACUGAAUGAAGUGGAGAUGAAACAUCAGUUUCAGACACCUGAUAAACUAUUAAGUGGUGAAGAAUCUUUUAGUGGCUCACAGACUGAAAAGGAACGCUCACAUAAAAAGACUCGAAGAACAAAAACAGCAAAUUCCUUCACCUGCCCUCAGUGUGGAAAGGGUUUCACAAAUAAAGGAGCCCUUAAAAAACACAUACGAAUUCACACUGGAGAAAAACCUUACACAUGUCAGCAGUGUGGAAAGAGUUUCACUCAAAAUAGUCUUAAGGAGCACAUGCGAAUUCACACUGGAGAGACCCCAUACACUUGCGUUCAGUGUGGAAAGAGUUUCAAACAAAAAGGAAACCUUUAUAUUCACAUAAAAAUUCACUCUGGAGAGAAGCCUUUUACAUGCCUCCAAUGUGGAAAGAGAUUCACACAAAAAAGAAGUCUUCAGAGGCACAACAGAAUUCACACUGGAGAGAAGCCUUACACAUGCCAUCAGUGUGGAAAUAGUUUCACAGAAACAAAUACCCUUGAGAAGCAUGUCAGAAUUCACACUGGAGAGAGGUCUUUCACAUGCCUUCAGUGUGGAAAGAGUUUCAAAAAUAAAACAAGCCUCAAUAAUCACAUGAGAAUUCACACUAGCGAGAAGCCUUUCACAUACUUCCAGUGUCGGAAGAGUUUUGCAAAUAAAACAACCAUGAGAGCCCAUAUGAAAUGUCAUUCAGGAGAGAAAUUAAAACACUGUUCUCAGUGUGGCAAGAGUUUCACUCGGGCAUCACAUCUCACUGUUCAUCUGCGCUAUCACUCUGGAGAAAGGCCAUUUAAGUGUGAUCAGUGUAGUAAAAAAUUUGUCUGUUCAUCACACCUUAAAAGACACUUGAAUAUUCAUGCAAAUGAGAAGCCUUACAUGUGUUCUCUUUGUGGAAGGAGUUUUAAUCAGCUGGCGUAUUUUAAACAACACCAGACGAUACAUACUGGUGUAAAAGCUCAUAUGUGCUCAGAGUGCGGUAAAGCCUUUGCCCGAAUCAGCACCUUGAAACAGCACCAAAGAGUUCAUACAGGAGAAAAACCUUACAAGUGUUCACAUUGUGAAAAGAGUUUUGCUUAUCCAAAACACCUGAUAACACAUGAGAAAGUGCAUUCUGGAGAGAAGACAUAUGACUGCGUUCAAUGUGGGAGGAGUUUCAGCUCAUCAGGUACUCUUGGGAGACAUUUAAAGAAGAACUGCCCAAAGUUGUCAGUGAGCAAACUGUAAUGAUAAUUUUAUUUAUAAUUCACAUUUUAAGUGGAGGAUAUACAGGUGCAUCUCAAUAAAUUAGAAUGU